AUGGCCGAAGAUUCAGAACUAUGGGACAUCAUCUGUGAUGGUCCACAUGUUCCUAUGAAGAAGCUCGGAGAAACUGGACCAAUGGUGCCGAAAGACAGAAAGGAGUACAGUGAUGUUGACCAAAAAGCUGUAGAAAAGAAAUAUCGCGCCAAGAAAAUCUUGGCCCUUGCUGCUUGGGGAUUCUCCUCCAGUGAAUCAGAAAGGGAACCAGAAGCAGAAAAUAGCUCCAUGAUGGCUUUGGAAACUGAAGCAACGAAAUAUGACUCACUGUUCGCGCUGAUGGCUCAGUCUGACGACGAUGAAGAGGAUGAAAAUGAUGAGGAGAUUCUAACCAUAGAACUAAGAGAAGCUGAACAAUCUAGAGAUGAUCUGGUGGUUUGUGUAGUGGACCUAAAUGAGACCAUAGCUAAUCUUGAAAAGGAAAAGGAAGCUUUGAAUGAAAAAAUAAAUAGUGUAGAAAAAGAGAGAGAUGGCCUGAUGGUAGUGGUUGUUGAUUUGAAGGAAACCAUAGAAGGUCUUAGCAAUGAGAAAAACACUCUAGAAGAGAAAAUUGCUGCUACUGAGCAAGAAAGGGAUGACUUUUUGGUGAUAAUCACUGACCUAGAGGAAACCAUUGAGAGACUCAAUUCAGAACAUAGGACUGUGAGUCUUGGGAAAGGGAAGGAAGUAGCUAGUGAGACACACAUCAAGCUUGAGAAGGAAUUAAAUGAUGUGAAAACUAGUCGAUGUAGGGAACUUGAGAAAAAUAGGCAACUUCAAGCUGAAUUGGAGAAAGUAAAAAUUAAUCUUGAGAAAUCUCUGUUGGAGAAAUCUCUAUUGAAGAUGCAGUGCAAGGUAUUCCCAAGUAGCAGAACAAGGAGUGCAGGGAAAUCCACUUAA